CCGAAACUACAAGAUUCAAACAUGGCAUCAUUACCAGAGGGUAUCCAACUGAGCAAGGUAUGUAAAUUGGUUUUUAAAUUUGAAAUUUAAGCAUGUGUAUAUACAAUUUUUGAAGAGUUCAUGUUUGAUGAGUUCCGGCAUGCAUUUUGCUAUUUAUUACUUCAAAUUAGUGGUCUCUACGUGGCCGCCAAAAAUCUAUGAAUCAUUAAAAGUUAGUAAAAGCUUUGAAAGAAAAAAGGAGCAUGUUAAUUAAUGUUAAUAAUUGAUAAGUUCGUUGUGUGGAAAUCGAAACAGAAACUUAUACAAAGUGAACACGAAUUAUUAAAAUAAAGGAUAACUUUAAACUAUAUAUUUUGAGAAGUAGAGAUUUUUAAAUAGUUUUCAUAUUUAAUGUUUGAGUUGCAAUUUCAUUCAUGACAUAAAAAAUGUCGCUAACUAGGCCUAAUUUGGGGAAAAUUAAGUUUUAUUUUUUUUUCCUUUCCAAAAAAUUACCCUAUUCAACAGAGCUUUUUAAAAUAUUUUUUUAACCAAUAUAUCGUGGUAAGGGCACUUUCCUUCUAUAUGAAUGUGGUCGUGAUCUGAAUACCCUAGAGAACCUGUAUACUAGAGCUACUGAGCUUAGAAAUUCAGCGCAGUGAACUAGAGGGAAAUUUUUACAGUUCUAAAUCUUAUAUUCUUAAAGUGUAUCAAGGGAGAGAAAUCCAACUAACCACCUGACUCCCUCGACCCAGAAUUCAGGAGCUGUAACUCAGUAACUCCGUGUCAUCAACUCAGACGCGAACAUAUAGGUCAGCAUGAAGUGAAGAAGAAUAAAUCGACCGAAAGAGAGGGUCACUUGUGACGACACACAAUUAUGCUGCAAUCUGACAAACCUUAUGGAUUUGCGAGUGGAAAGAAAGUCUCUAAAAAUAUACAGUGAAACUUUAAAUAGCGGGCCUUGAGGUAGCUCUGUCUCAGGCAAUGCGAAAGUCAUCUCCGGCAUGGAUCACUAUCUUAACCCCACCCCUUUUUUAAAUGAGCGCAAAUCCUUUCAAAAAUGAAAGGGUCAAAGGUUUCUGUGGGACAAAAUCGUGUUUUUCCUUGAGAAUAUCACAAGUCAUGGCGCGCUGUCACCGCGUUAUAUCACGAAUAGGGUUUGACACAAACCUUCUGCUUUGCCAUUCACUCUGUUACUGCGCGUGUGAAAAUCCGUAUGAACGUGUGUUGCAAGUCUAUUGUCGGCAGAUUUGCCAUGCGAAUGAGAAAUACGAAUGAACGGUGGGUACUGUGUGCAAAAUUUUGAAACGCUUAGAGACGUUAAGACGAUCAAAUGGAGACAAUGGAUUUAUGGGCAUGCUUAUAUAGGUCUACAUAAUAUAUAUCGUUUAGACGUUCAUAACAGAUUUAUCAAAACCCGAAGGCCAAGUGUUCUCGUAUGUGUGUAUAAACCGAAUGAAGAAUACUUAGCACAAUAACAAUCUCGCUUAGUCUCAUAAUUGUUAUUAUGUGGGUUAUAAAGCCUAACUACCUGUAAAUAUGUGCAUUAGCCCCCCCCCUCCCCACUAAUUUCUUUUUAUUUUCAAAGUGAAUAUGUCUUCUUUGUUUCAAAUUAUUUUUCAUCACAAUUCUGGCUGAAGUUGCGAAUCUCUAAAAAUAACAGCCCCUUUACUUUAAUUCCAUCGGUUGUGUUAUUUAUAGGUUUCAAUGUAAGCUACAAAGAUUGUUUUUAAUAACAGUGUAAAAUAGGCAGUAUAGUUUUAAAUGUUAUAAAACUUUUGUUUUUCUAAAUACAAAUUACAUCAAUCAAUUUCAAUAACAAUCGGAAGGUUAAGAAGCUCAAUAAAAACUUAGCUCAAAUUCUUAUUAUUGAUAUUAUUUUGCCGGACGGCGUUGUUUCAAGCUGUAUCUGUGCAUCCAACAUCUGGUGGGUCGAAUUGUUUGACGUGUUGGGGCUGUAGUAUGCGGGUUGGCCAUAUUCCUGCUUUAAGACUUGCACACACACCAUGUUGACAUGUGUCAUCUGGUCAUAAACAGCCAGACACUGGAGUCCUUUAAAACCGAUUUAAAAACACAUCUAUUUCGCAAACACCUUCUGGGGUGAUGCUAUCUACCGUCUUUUUUCAGUUAAUGUACAUCGCCUUGUGUUGCUUAUGGUUGAAAUGGGAUGAAAGAUUUUGACUGGGUAUGCUCGUAUGUAUCUUUAUAUUGUUGCGUCUGUUUUUUAAAUGUGGUAAAUUUUAGGUUGUUUUUAUUUCUCUUUUUAAUAUGGUUGACUUUGUACCGCGCUUCGAACUUUUGGGGAUGAAGCGUGUUUUUCAAAAACUUGAUUAUUAUUAUAAAUUUUGCCUGUAAAGUAAAAACUGUUUUAAAAAGUUUUUGACAAAAAUUUCAGACAAAGCUGUCAGUGCUGUCAUCCGUGACGUCCCCGGUCUUACUAACGCCCCCCCCCCCAAUCUUGCUACCACACCAAGCCCCGACCCUGUUAGUUAGACAAUUGAAACCCCACAUCUUGUCAACCAUUGAGCUUUAUUAAUUAUAAAUUGUUCUCUAGAUGUAGCCUGUCUAAAGUUGAACAGUUUUGAAUGAGAAAUAGAAAUGUAAUUCAGUCAGCAUAUGUGAUAUUUUUAUUAUUACACUAAUAUUUUUUCUCAUAUUCUGUCUAUUUCCAGAUUAAUCCUAAAUAUUUACACACAAAUUCAACCAGUCAUGUAUGGGCUUUUGGAGCUUUUGCAGAAUUAAUUGGUAAAAAAAAAUAGCCUGUCUUUUCAUUACUAAAUCACAGAGAUGUUUUUGAGGCAGGAAUUGGAUUAUAGAAUACACAUCACAAUAACAAUCGUAUCAAAUAUCCCUUUCUCUUUUUAGGGAAAACAAAUUUGAAUUUCAAGUAAAAUUAAAAUUAUAUCGUGUUGAUUAGUUUUAUUGGAUUGGGCGCUAUAAUAUGAAUUUUGAAGUUUCAAAUAUGAAACUAAUUUAAAUAUAAAAGUCUUUUGAAAAUUUGUAAUUUACUUCCCAAUACAUUAUUUUUGUGUGUCAUGUUUUUGUAUUACACACAACUUUAAAAAUCUCAUGUUGUGCACCUGACUACAGAUAAUGCUUCAUUUUUUUUUCUACAGACAAUGCCUAUGAUCCUGAUGUUGGAGCAUCCAGUCUGAUAAUAGAUAUGCAAGAAGUAGGAAAUAUGCCUUGUCUAAUUUUUUUGGAUAAUGGAGCAGGCAUGGACAAAGAAAAAUUAAUAAAGAUGCUAAGGUUUAAAAAAAAACUAUUUAUCAUGUGUUAUAAAUUAAUAAAACACAAGAACAUUUUUAACUUGAAUCAAGAUACAAGAGACAACUUUAAAAAAAACCCACAUAAAUAACAGAAACAAAAACUAAACAAUAAAAUGAGUCCAAUAAAUACUGAGGAAACCCUGUGCAUGCCUUCCCUCUUUGAUUCAAGAUUUUAAAUAUUUUGUGCUUUAUUUAUACCAAUCAAAUCAGGGUGUCACGGGCUGAUAAUAUGAUUUUCAUCUUUCAAUAUUCACCGCUAUACUCACAGCUGAUAACUUUCAAAUCAUAUUGUUGCAAUUGAUUGUUUUAGAUAUCAAUAACAUUUGAAAAACAUUUAUUGAUAUCAUUAUGUAAUGUCUGAAUAUUACAAGUGCUGAAACUUAUCAAUAAAAAGAAAAUUCCUUUCAAUUCCAGAUUCUCUUUUGCCUUAAGCAAUGUAAAAUGUUCACUCUUUCAUCCCCUUCAUUAGAAAGCCUACAUAAAGCAAAACUUCUCAAUAAAUGUACACAUCAAUAAUUAUUCAGCAUUGGCUCACUAAAACAGCUUUAUCUACGACACCUGACGCCAAGUUUAAGUUGCUUAAAUGAAGUGAUUUUUCAUAACUGAUGUUUGCUGUUAGCUGUACAAAUAACUGAAAUAAUUUGUUAUAAGCACACAAAAUUUAAGCUAAUAUUGACAUAUCAAGUGGAGGGUACAUAAGACUGAAGUCAAAACAUUUUGCAUGUUAUAAAACCCUUUCUUACAGCCUACUCACCUACUAAUGCAAUCAAUAAUGAUACUUGCUCACAUUAAUUACACCAUUUUUUUUAUUGCCUGUUUAAAAUGUGGUGUGAGAAGGCAAUUUAUGGGGUGGCAAAGAAGAAUGUAGGCCUAUAUUGCGAUUUUUUUUUUUUAAAUUUUAAAAUGAUUUGCUACUUUUGUGGAGGAUGUGAGACUAAGUAAAAUAAUUUGUGUCAUUGAGAAGGCAAUUUAUGGGGUGGCAAAGAAGAAUGUAGGCCUAUAUUGCGAUUUUUUUUUUUUUUUUAAAUUUUAAAAUGAUUUGCUACUUUUGUGGAGGAUGUGAGACUAAGUAAAAUAAUUUGUGUCAAAUAUUUUUCCUCAUGUCAAUAGCUGGCUUUGAUAAAUAUUAAUUUUAAAAAAUAAAAUAAACUUGAUUUAGUCAGUUUUUAAUUUGCCUCUCUUCCAAAACAAAAAAACAAACAUUGGGUCAUCAAUCAUUGAUUUCACAUUUAUUCCUGACCUGCAUGAAUCCUUUUCUUUUCCAUUUCGAUCUUCUUUGCCCGAUUUUCGAGUACUAAAACUUUUUAUACACUAUUUAUUUCUAUACAGGGAUACCUAUUUAAUUUUUUUUUUAAUGAUACUGAAUUUUACUUUUAUAUUUUGUUUGUUAAUACUUAGAACAUAUCAAAUCAUGUAAAUUAAUCAAGUUUACUUUAUUUUUCAGCUUUGGAUUCUGUGAUAAAGGCAUCUAUAACAGAAGAGAAUCACACAAACCUGUUGGCUUAUAUGGCAAUGGUUUCAAAUCUGGCUCCAUGCGCUUAGGAAAAGAUGCACUGGUAUUUUCAAGAUGUGAAAAAAGUGCUUGUGUUGGAUUCCUGUCUCAAACCUACCUUGAGGCAAUAGGAGCUGACUCAAUUAUUGUACCCAUACUAGAGUAUAGUCUGCCUGAUUAUAUCCUUUGUCAGAUUUUGUUCCCUACACAGAAGUUGUUACUAUUAUUAUUUUUUCUUGUUUUUUUAUAUUUUUUGUUACAACAAUAUCUUCAUUUCAUCAAGUACAAUAAAUGUUAAAAGGUUUUUAUUUUGAAAUAUAUUAAAUUUUAGAUGUCUAUAAUCCAAUUUUUUCCAAACUUUUCAUGUUGGCUACAUACUUUUUCAACAUAAAUCAAUUUGUGAGUCAGUAGGUCGGUUUUACCAGUAUAGUUUUCACUGGAUAGCUUUUAAAGUUUUCUUUAAAAAUUUUGAGUCCAUUUUUUCACAAAUAUUUGCAAAAUAAUCUUGAACUCUGGUUUUGAUAUAAAUAAUUUACCAAAUGCACCACUUUGUCAAUAAUUUUUCUUAAUCUGUUUCUAAUUAUUUUUACGCUUAAAUGCAUGAUAGUUGAUAGGGUAAGGAUACUUUUCAUGUGACAGACCUAAACCCUGCUGGCGACACACUGCUGUGUCGCAACACCUAGUUUGGAACGCACUGUUAUAAUCCAAGACUGGCCUAAUUAUAUUUCCUAAUAUUCUUAUGUUAUAUCAUAUAAUUAUACUUUUUUUCCUGGGAAUGCCAGACAUUUUUAUCAUACAGAGAAAGGAGGUAUAAAUUGGAUGAAACAAAAAAAUAGGGCAACAGAAGAGAAUUAUUCAGUAAUUUUUAAUUUGCUUAUGAAAGAGAAAUCUUUCAGAUAUUUUUAAUUGUGUUUAAUGAGAUACAUUGUAAAAGGCUUUAAAGGUUUAUUGAUAACUAUUAUAUUUUUAUAUCAUCUUUAUAUAGUAAAACAAAGCAUUUUUUUUUUUUACUGUAGUAAAGAGACUUUUUUCUCAAAUGGAUUUAUUUGGCUACAUAUUAGUAUACAAAAUCAAUAAUUUUGAAAGCCACCCCCCCCACACCCACUUUUUUCCUCCUCUCCCAUAAAUUGAUUGGUCAUCAAUAAUUAAUUUCUUCUAUAUCUUAAGGGCCCACGAUCAAUUUAUUGAUCAUUUUGGCUCCUAUGCAUGUAGAUGGGAUUUGCAAUGUUUCUGUUACUGGUGUUGAUGAGGAAAUCUUUUACUUUAGAUAGGCUACAUCUAGAGAACAAUUUAUAAUUAAUAAAGCUCAAUGGUUGACACGCAUAGCUUCUUCCUUCUAUCUUCUUUGCACUGAUUUCAAGUCUUCUAGUGAACUAGUAGUCUACUAUAUCUUACCCUCACUUUUUCACAACUUUGUGAUCUUUUGUGAUACUGUGUCAAUGGAACUUGUUGUUUUAUAUCUACAAGAGAUGCAGUUAAUAAAUAAUUUAAAUCUACCAAUGUGAUACGAUGUUGUGAAAGAAAUAUGAGCACCUUAACACAAUUAUACUAAAACGCAACAACAAUCGUCAGUGUCACAACAACCUUGAAGCUAUUUUGCAGUACUCAGAGUUUAAAAGUGAGGCGUCAUUAAAAGCAGAACUGAAUGCAUUGAAAUCUUCAGUGACUGGAACCAAAAUCAUUAUCUUCAAUCUCCAUAGGUAAAUUUUAGAUUUAGUAUUUUAUAGAUUAGGGAAAUUUAAAUAACUUCCUCACAUAAAAUGUAUCUUUAAAGUUUAGAAUUGGUUUCCAAAUUUAUCUUUAAAUUAAGUUUAAAAUAAGUAAUUUUGACAGUUUUCUUUAACACAUUUCAGUAAUAACAUUGAAAUAAAAAAUUUUCAUGCAUAUGUGCCUCAUAAACUUUCUGAAAUAAUAAUAGAUUUGUCUCUUGACCUAUGGUGCAGCUGAUCUGAUAUGAUGUGUUUUAAAAUUUAUAAUUAUUUGAGAUAGUUACAAUAUGGAAUUCAAUUAAUGAUUUAAAAAAUUCAAAUAUGCAAUUUCUAUUUUCAAAUAUUCUAGUAUAUUUAUGAUCUUUAUUAAGAAACAAUAAUUUUUCAAAUCUAACUGGUCAAAACUGCACUGUAACCUUUAUUAUGUGAAACCCACUUAAGACUCUUAAGAAUAAAUCAGACCCCCUAGUGGCCAUCUUGCAUCCCUGUUUACUGUAAAAUAUAUUCUAAUAAGUAAAAAGUAAUCUGAAAAUGUGUCUUUCAAAAAUGUGGUUAUUCUUUGCUAUGGACCAUGGAUGUUUACCAGGACAUUCAUGUGUUGUACCUGGACAUUCAUGUGUUCAGAAAAGGAGAUUCAUUAAGACUCAUUCAAAUUAAAAUUUAAAAUAAAGCUUAAAAUAAUAUUCUUUAUUCUCAUUAUCUGAAGGCUUCUUAUUUCUAUAAUGGUCUUUUUUAAAAAAUAAAUUCUUCUAAUUAUAGAUUACAAAGUGGUAAAGGAGAACUUGAUUUCCAAAGUGACCGUAAAGAUAUUAGAUGUCCAGAUCCCUAUAUGGAAGAUACAACUAAUUUUGAUAAUCGACCUAUAAAUGACACACCUGAGUAUAAGAUCUCACUAAGAGUAAGUCUUUGUAAAUAAUUUGAUUAAUUCCUGUUUAAGCUUAUAAAGUUCUUAUCUUAAGUAAACACAAUAGCCAUCUUAUAUGAUAAAGUGAUGCAAUCAUUUUUCAGGUGUACUGCAGUAUUUUGUAUCUGCGUCCAAGAAUGAAAAUAAUCAUAAGAGGACAUCCUGUUAAGUCAAAAUAUAUUUCCAAAAGGUUGUGUCAAACAGAGGACAGUAAAUAUAAACCAUCUUGGAUGGUAAGUUCCAUAUCUAAUUGUAUUGUGGGGGAUGAAAUAGUUUUAAUCUAUAGUAAAUGAUAAAAACUACAUAAAGAAACCACACCAAAAUGUAGCAAGUAAAAACUAGGAAAAAAUAUGUUUUUAAAUUUUUAAAACUUUCAGUUAAGAUAAAAUUGUAUUAUGAAUUAAUUAUGGCUUCGAUUUUUUUUUAAAUUAGUGCGAAUGUCCCAUAUUAAUACAGUGAAGGAUUUAAAUUUCAAAAAAUGAAUGACCAAUUAAUUAUGUAAUGGAAAAAUACCUUCAGUUAAACUUCUUGUUAGUGGAAUUAAAUAUAUCAGUUUGUAUAUUUUUAGAAACGAAAUGACAAACCUAUUGACAUAAAAAUUGGAUUCUCAUGUGAAAAAGAAAGGAAAGAAAACUACGGCCUAAUGCUUUAUCACAAGAACAGGUUGAUGAGAGCCUAUGAGAGGGUGGGAUACCAGAGACAGGUAGUAUUGUAAAUAAUGUAUGUUUAUCAUAAUUAUUGAAUCUAAGAGUAGAAACUAGUACUGAGAGCAAAACAUUUCUGAAUUGAAAUUAACAAUUUUACCUUGUUUAUAUUUUAAAAAUCAAUCCAUUAUACAAAUAUUUUUUUUGUCUCACCAGGCCAAUGAAAGAGGUGUAGGAGUGAUAGGUGUUGUAGAGCUGGACUUCAUCACACCAACACACAACAAACAGGACUUUAACAGAGAUAACCACUUCAAGUAUUAUUAAGAUCUUAUGCAUAGUUUUCAAAAUGUAUAAGCCAAAUUAUCUGUGUCAAAGUACUGCUUCAGAGCUCCAUGGGUUUUUAAUUAGUUUUUUAAAAUUUAUUAUUUUAUCUCUAUUUAAAUAUAAUAAUUGUUAUCAACAUAUCAUACCAUAAUUAACUACUAUCAAUGUCAUGCAUGCUAACAAAUUGACUUCCAGUGUUUAAAUGGCAUCACAACAAGACAGAAUAAACAUCUUUGACACUUUGUCCUCAGUUCAAUUAUGGCAGGACUAGCUGGAAAAUUAAAUGCUUACUGGAAUAGCCAAAAGGAAACACAAAAUAUUGAUGUAGGGUAAGUAUUUAUAAACAUUUAUUAAAAAAUUGUUCUGUGUACAAUAUUCUCCAUUAAUGUUAUCUUUACUAUUACAUGUAAGACAUUGAAAUUCUAUUUCAUGAACUUAUUCUAUAUUAUUACAACAAAAGCUAAGCCAAAUGAUGCAUUGACGCCUAAUUUUACAUUUAAUAUUUGUCACUUCUGCAGGAGCUGUAUUUUCAAAUAUUUUUCUUGCAACUCAUUUUUUAAAAAUAUAGCAACUAAAAAAGUAGACAAAAAACUAUAUUUUUGCUUUCAAUUGGAGAAUAUGGUUAAGAAUAUGGGAUCUUACUUGAUUUGGAGUUGUUCAAGUUUUUGCCACUAGACAAAGACAGAUUCAAAAGUUUGGUUAAAGAGAAAAAAAAUUAAUUUAAAAUAACAAAUAAGGGAAGAUGUGUGUAAUGGCCAGUCUGGUGUUGAGGAUGUGGGUUUGGCAGAAGCAUUAAAAAUAUGAACGUUGGUAACUAGAAGGGAAAAAGAAAAUAAUCAGAAGUGGGUCAAAUAAAGAAAUAUUUAGUUUUAAAUUAUUUUAUUUUUACACUAUACUGGUAAUACAACUUCACUCUUUCUUUAGCAAUUAUUGUCCACCUUUAUUUUGGCCAUUAUUACUCAAUUGAGUUUUCUUGAUUAAACUCAGCAAACUUCCUGACUGGACCUGGGCACAGUGUGACAACUGUUUAAUGUGGCGACGCUUGCUUCCUGGAACAGAUGGUGAUUCUCUGCCAAAACAAUGGUUCUGUCGUAUGAAUAAAGAUGCACAGUAUAAGUAGGUCAUUUGUUUGAACACCUAUUCAUGCAAUUAUUUUAUAUAAGAUAAGUGCUGGGCCUUAUAAUAAGAAAACUGAAAUUAAUGGUGAAUAUUUAAAAAAAAUACUUUUGAAAUUAAACAAUAGGAUAAUAUUUUAGGCUAAAAAGUACAGACAGGAUACUAUGUAUGAUAAUCUCUUCAUGAACUCAAAUUCUGCCAAUUUAAAUUAAUUAAAAUUGUUUGUUGUUUGCAUGUUUCUUUUUAUUCUUUUGUGUUAAGCCGUUGUUUUGAGGAUGAGGAAUCAGAUGCGCCUGUUGACACUCCAAGACGAAAGUAAGUAACUAGAUAAAACAUACUGAAUUCGUUAUUUUAUUUUAAAGGAAAAAAGAAUACAGAGUUGUAUUUUAAUUUUUUUUUUUAAAUGCUAAAAUAAUAAAGUGUCUUGGUAAAAUAAAUAAUUUAAAGUAGCUAAUACCUCUUCUGUAUCAGACUUUGCUUUUUUUUUUUUAUCUCCCUUAUUAAGCCUGACACUUGGCUGUUACAGUUUAAUUUAAUGAACUUAAAGCCCAGUUGACAACCACUGAAUAAUUUAUGCGCACCUUAUUUAGUGCAUAGAAUUAUUGUAACAAACAAGUUGUAUACUCUGGUACCAGAUAAUUCACAUGACAUAACAUCCUGGUAGGCCUACAAACAUCCUUCACAAUAAUAUGUUGUUAUUUCAGGAGAACCAAUAAGAAACGUAACACAGAGCCUCUGUCAGAGGUAAGAUAA